AGUGAAUUUAACAAUCCACUCAAGAAUUAGGUAUUCACGGAUCUUGCUAGACUUACGUAAAGUAAGAAAAAUAUUUCUCCUUUCUCUUGGUCUUCAAAACUUAGUUCUAUGAUAUUAUCAACAUUUAUUUUCGGAAUAUUUUCGAAUAUUCGCAUCUGUAUUUCUCUCGUUGUUGGCGAACUCAAAUCCAAUUCCUUCGAUGGGAGAGGCUCCGAAUACUACGACGAGGCCCUCGCUCCCUCCAUCGCUUUCAUGAGCAAGUUCCACGCCCUGAUCUUGCUUCGAAUGCACCCUCGAGGAUGUUGGACGACUAGCUCCGACUUCGAGCGACUGGACAAAUGAUAGCAUUGCCCUCGCCGACGGAAUCGAGGUGAAAGAGUUGUACGAAAUGAUAGACCUUGAUUUGGAGCAUGUUAUGUAAAUCGGAGAUUUGCUCCCUUUCCGAAUGCGGAGACCAGGAAACUGGAACAGGAAGAGAAGAGGAUGAACUCCAUCUCUUCUUGGCAAUGAGGCGAAAUGCAUUUC